AUGGCCAUCCGACAGCGCAAAGCUGCGGUUGAAAAGCCAAAGCCCGUGAUCGAGGAAGUCUCAAGCUCUGAAGACGAAGCUCCGGAGCAAGACUUCCACACCGAACCUUCAGACGAAGAAGACGAAGACGAAGAAGCCGUUGAGCCUGAAGAUGCGCCAGAGGAGUUUCACACCGACCCCGAAGAUGCCAGCGACGCCUCGCCACCACCGCAGAACGACAUCCCUCUUCUCCCCACGGCUCUGCUCAAGGCCAAGCCCAGCACACCUGCGCCGCGCAUCGAGUGGGAAUCCAUGUCGCAGAAAGAGAAGAAAGCGCUUCGAGAUGAGUUGGGCGUGAGCAUGCGAGAGCUGCGCAGUGAGGCACAGAAAAAUGGCGUGCUGGAUGCUGGAAAGAUGGCGCAGCUGAAGAGGGGGAUACGGCCUGCUGAGCGGGUUGCUGGUGGAAGGAUAGCAAAGAGGAAGAGGAGGGCUGGCAAGCAGGCUAAGCCGGAGAAGUCAGGCAGGCAGAAGUUGAUGGAGCAAAGGAGUCGUGAGACGAGGAAGAGAGGUGUCAAAGGGAGUGAUCAGAAGGUGGUGAAGAAGAGGAAGGGUUGA